UUUGCCCCUCUGUAAUUUCUCCUUACGUUCUUAUGGACAAGUUGUCCAAUGAUUAAUAAAAUGUGGUGCUAGACUUUUAUCAAAAAAAAAAAGGGAUUGAAGGAUCGAACUCAUCAAGGAUGUAGCCUGAGUAGUAGAAAUUCAAAUUGACUAAAUUGCCCUCUAUUGUGUUCUUUUUCCUUCUUCCUCAUAUCCCUCCUUUCUCUUCUCCCAAACAUACCAAGUUGAACACCCCAAGUUUGAAUCAUAAUUUUGAAUCACUGACGAAAUCAGUGUUGAAAUAGUGAUUGAAUAAUGGACUGGUUCUUCAUUGUGCUCUCCGCUUCUGUGAUUUGGAUUGCCUCUUUAUGUAAAAUAUUGCACAUAUCUUACUUCCCCACAAAAGGUCAAUACUUCAACAUUGGUGACACCCUACACAAGAAGGCUGUCUCGCUUGUGAUUGCACAUCCUGAUGAUGAGUCCAUGUUCUUCACUCCGACGAUUAACUAUCUGACAUCAAGAGGGCAUAAUAUUUACAUCUUAUGCUUGUCUACUGGUAAUGCUGAUGGGAUGGGAAAAAUUAGGACAGAUGAGCUCUACAAGGCUUGCUCUAUGUUAAAGGUUCCUCUGAAGCAAGUGGUUGUACUUGACCAUUCAGAGCUUCAGGAUGGGUUUGGCAAAGUGUGGAAUCACACCUUAAUUGCAAAAAUUGUUGAAGAUAACAUCAGAUCUCAUGGCAUUGAUACAGUAAUUACAUUUGAUAGUUAUGGAGUUUCUGGUCAUUGUAAUCACCGAGAUAUACAUUUCGGAAUAAGAAAGGUUUUACUUGAUUCUCAACAAAAUAGUUUUGAAGCAUGGGAACUGGAUAGUAGCAGUGUUUUGCGAAAGUAUAGUGGACCAGUAGAUAUCUGGUUAUCCAUCUUUAUGGCCUGGUGUCUCCCUCGUAGGAAAUCUUUUUGUCUACUGAAUGAGCAUCCUUUUAUGAGUUUUCAAGCAAUGGCACAACACGCAAGCCAGUGGGUUUGGUUUAGGAAACUAUUUGUAUGUUUUUCAAGUUACACAUAUGUGAACACACUUCAAAGGAUUGUGCUUUAGAUUUAUGGUUCAAGACCUGAGAUUUGUGGUUCAAGUUCAAAACUUAGUGGCUGUGAUUUGUGGAAGAACUAUGAAUUCACCUUGAGAGUGUCAUUGCCAUUUACAAGAGAGAUUGAAUGAAUCAGUAAAUUUGCAGUAUACCCAUAAUUAUUGUUGGGAGAUCUGAUCUAUACAUGGAUCCGAGGGAUGAAGGUUCUUAGGUAACAUGUUUGUUGCAUCCUGAUUCCUGAGGAAAACAAGUUUUGUUGCAAAGAUCUGGAUCAUUGUUUUAAAGUGAAAAGCUUGUUUGCUGCAACUGAGGCUUAGGUUAACUAUCCUGCAAACUAUUGGAUCCUUGUUUUGUUGAGAUUAGAAGUUGUUUGAUGAAUGCUUAAUAAUUGUAAUUUCACUGAUUUGUAAGCUUAGGGUAGCAUGACUUUUAAAUUUGUAAUUUGGGUCAUAGUGCUCUUCUUCUAUUGUUUUAUGGACACUAUCAUGUCCCCUUAACUUCA